UUGGCGUGUGUUGUACAAUUUUGGAAAUUUUAUGUAGAGUUAAAGAACUAUCCUUCUUUUUCUAUGUUCUCUCUUUUGAGACUGGCCCAACAUCGCCUUUGUAGGCUGUAUAGUUAAUUCAAGAUGUUAGUACUCAUUUAAGUGGCGGAUUCAAGAUUUUAGACCAGCAAGUCCAGUGUAUCAUUGUAUCACUACUCCGUUGUGACUAUAGGUGUCUUUAUUUCUUCUGUUCCACAAUUGUAAUUGGCAUCUGGCAUGGGACAAAACAAAUUCGCAGCGAAAUUUGUAAACUGAGUCAGAAAAAUGGGUGCUUGUGUAUCGACUCCAGGCCAUACGAUCAAAGUAAAGAAGAGACAUCAUCAUCGUCGUCGUCAUAGAAAAUUCCGUGGAAAUAAUUCGAUCUCUCUUGUAGAAGGAACCAGGAGAAGAAACAGUGAUGUAGGACCACAAAUUGUUGUUAGUGAGUUUGUUAGAAGAUCUGAGGUCUCCAAUUCCAAAUACCAUCUUACUCAGUUACAGUGGCAUCAUACUCAAACAGAUGCAACUGUUCUUAGCCAAGAAGCUUGGUUUGAUACAUGCAGCAAUGUUGACUCUAACUCAGAUGAUGACUUCAGUAGCGUCUAUGGAGAUCUAUUCCCAAGAACUGGACAAGUGCUUCAAUAUGAAACUUCAUCAUGCUUUAUGGAUAACAACCUUAAGUACAAGGAGUACCACGAAAUAUAUCUCAAGAUAGAUGGCAGUAGAUCAGAUAAGUUUUUGCUCAAAUAUGGAGUUAAUAGUCCGAAAGGACUUGCACUUAUAGGUGGUCAGGGCUAUGAAGUUCCGUCCCUUGGGAAGCACAAAGUCCUUGGUGCCCAAAGGAAGAGAUAUUUGGAUCGUGCAUAUGGAAGUUUUAAUAGUGUUAAGGAAGAUAAACUUGGUAUGCUGGAAAAAACUCAAGAGAAUGUGCUUAAGACUGUCCUACCGAAGCUGGUUACUUCCUUGAGUUUCAAUGAACAGAUCAUUAGUGCAUCGAAAUCAGGCCAAGUUUCUCAAGUAAAGCAAUCAACAAUAAGGCUUUCUCUAAAGAGAACAUCUGUUGAUGGCAAAGAAGAGGAUAAAUAUUGUGCAUCAAAAACGUAUCUUUAUCGUCCUAGGGCCGGGGUGCAAAUUCCUUGUUGCAGAGAAGAAAAGUUAAUUGCAAGAAGUUGGUCAAAGAUUGAUCGCUCAAAUUUUAAGCUACGUAGUGAUAGUUAUUUCAGUGACAAGAGAAAAUCUCCUACUCAAAGUGUAUCUCCUUAUAUUCCUAUUGGGGUUGAUUUAUUUGUGUGUCCUAAGAAGAUAAAUCACAUUGCACAACACCUUGUGCUCCCUUCCGUAAAAGGAGAUGAAAAAUUUCCUCCAUUACUAAUUAUCAAUAUUCAGUUGCCUACUUAUUCAGCUCCAAUGUUCGUUGGUGAUGGUGAUGGAGAAGGCUUGAGCCUUGUCAUAUACUUCAAAAUUUCUGAAAGUUUUGACAAAGAUGUUUCUCCCCAGUUUCAGGACAACAUCAAGAGAUUAGUUGAGGAUGAUAUGGAAAAGGUUAAAGGAUUUGCAAGAUAA